GAAUCAGUGGGUCACAGUCCUUGCAAGGACCUUCCACUGACAUUAUUAAUGCAGAUUAUUAAUGAUAUGUGUAAUGUUAUGGUAGUUUCUUAAAUAAAAGGUGCCAUUUUCUUUAAAAUAAAACAGUGAAAUAUCCCCACAAGGUCAACUCUGUCAUUUCUAUCCUCGUGGGGACAUUUGAUUUGGUCCUCAACGAGAUAUAACACACACACACACACACACACAGAGGUACGUGCUCCAGGCUCCAGCAGGCACGCGCGCGCUUUACAAAGGGACGCGCUGGUGCUUUUACACGAACGCGACUGUUGCAUUCAGUGAACAAAGGAUCCAAAAAAACAUCUCCAUCAGGCUGGUCUUCAAACCCAGCGAUCUGUUCCUGCGUAUAGCCUCGAUUCCUAACGUAGUUCUUGCGGUCACGUGACUUGAGGCGCUCGACCUGCUGCGGGAGGCUGAAGGCGCGUCGGGCUGUGCGUUGUGAACGCGUGAACGCACUGAUUUAACGUUUCAUAUUUUCAUCAAAGCCCAUACGAGCCGAGCCGAAGAUCAAGAGCGGCUCCUAAUCAUCAUCAUCAUCAUCAUCAUCAUCAUUAUUAUUAUUCUUUUGGCCGGGCUCUGAGAACAGAGGACACCUGCUCUGCAGAGGAGGACGGCGGAAUGAUGAAGGCGCCACGGCAGCACCGCCACAGUCACCUUGCGCCGAAUGACACGGAGAGCCAAGCCGAGCGGCCAGUGAUGCACAGCGUCUGCAAAUAACGCGCCUGCACACUCGAUCCGCUCGUUACCGACUCCACGGUACUCUAGGGCUCAGAUGAGGUUCGCGUUUGCAUUGCUCCAUUGUCCUGCUCAGCGGUGAGAUUUUACGCUUCUGAAUUUGCGCGCUAAAGACGAGACUGGCACCAUCAACAUAUCCUUACAGGUGUUACGCUAUUCUAAGCUUCGUGUGUUUUGUCUUCUGAGCGUUUUCUCUGAACGGCUCUGUAGAUGCGUGUCUUGCAUAAGUACGAGCGGCGCUGGCCUGUUGGCAUUCUCAUCACUCCUACCCCUAUUUCCCGGUAGCCAUGCCCGAGGUAGGUGGCAGAUAAUGCCCAGGGCGUCGCGAUGGGCCACCACGGCGACGAGAAGGACCGCAUUGUGAUCAACGUGGGCGGCAUCAAGCACCAGACGUACCGCGGCACGCUCCGCACGCUGCCCGGCACGCGCCUCUCGUGGCUCGCUGAGCCCGACGCCGCGAGUCACUUCGACUACGACGCGACGGCUGGGGAGUUCUUCUUCGACCGGCACCCGGGUGUCUUCGCGCACAUCCUGAACUACUACCGCACGGGCAAGCUGCACUGCCCGGCGGAUGUGUGCGGUCCGCUCUACGAGGAGGAGCUCGCCUUCUGGGGCAUCGACGAGACAGACGUGGAGCCGUGCUGCUGGAUGACCUACCGGCAGCACCGCGAGGCCGAGGAGGCGCUGGUCAGUUUCGGCGGCGGCGCGCUGCUCGAUGGCGGUGGCGCACACGAUGAAACCGAGGCAGACGGCGGCACGCACGAGGCGCCCGCCGAAGGGGACGAGGGAGCGGAAAUGACGCGGCGCCUCGCGCACGGAGACUCGCCCGAAAGCCGCUCAGGCCGCUGGAGCCGAUGGCAGAGGAAGAUGUGGGCGCUCUUCGAGGACCCUUAUUCCUCCAAAUACGCACGGUGGGUGGCUUUUGCAUCUCUGUUCUUUAUCCUGGUGUCCAUCACUACGUUUUGUCUGGAGACUCACGAGGCCUUUAACCCCAUCAUCAACCGCACAGAGAUUGAAAUGGUGGACAAUGAAACCAUAGUGCGUGUUUACCCAGAGACCGAGACCAUGGUGCAGCUCACAUACAUCGAAGGGGUCUGUGUGAUCUGGUUCACCUUUGAGUUUUUAAUACGAGUCACUUUCUGUCCCGACAAACUCAAAUUCAUAAAAAACGCCCUUAACAUAAUUGAUUUUGUGGCCAUCCUGCCUUUUUACCUGGAAGUAGGACUGAGUGGCCUGUCCUCCAAAGCUGCAAAAGAUGUGCUAGGGUUCCUGCGCGUUGUGCGCUUUGUCCGGAUUCUGCGUAUCUUCAAACUGACGCGGCACUUUGUUGGUCUGCGGGUGCUGGGACACACACUUCGUGCCAGUACCAAUGAAUUCAUCCUCCUCAUCAUCUUCCUGGCCCUUGGUGUCCUCAUAUUUGCCACCAUGAUUUACUACGCGGAACGUAUCGGAGCCAACCCUAACGAUCCCCGUGCUAGUGAACACACACAUUUCAAGAACAUCCCCAUUGGUUUCUGGUGGGCUGUGGUCACCAUGACGACGCUUGGCUAUGGUGACAUGUAUCCUCAGACGACAUCAGGCAUGUUGGUGGGGGCGCUUUGUGCUCUAGCGGGUGUGCUGACCAUUGCCAUGCCUGUGCCUGUGAUUGUCAACAACUUUGGCAUGUAUUAUUCUUUGGCAAUGGCUAAACAAAAACUACCGAAAAAAAAGAGCAAGCAUAUCCCACGGGCACCCCAGCUGGGGUCCCCCAACUACUGUAAGUCAGCCAUUAACUCGCCAAGACCCAGCACUCACAGUGAUACCUGCCCUCUGGCCCAGGAAGAAGUCUCCGAGAUUAGAUAUCAAGAUUUUAAAGUGAAUGGAGAGCCGUCUAAAGCGGCCCUGGCCAACGAAGACUGUCCCCACAUCGACCAGGCUGUAUCGCCUGAGGAGGUUUUCAGCCCUGUAGACCGUGAGAGACCCUGUUUCCUGCUCACCUCUGCAGAUCGGGGCAAUCACAUAGGUGCAAGAGUCAGGAAGGGUUAUGAAAAGCCAUGGAGCCAUAGCAGCAUGUCUGGAGGCGUGGCCUCAGUGUCGGCCCUCCCCUGCAGCCCGCCCUGUCUCAUGCAGCAGGCCCACUCCCCCAUCCCAUCCAUCCUGUAGCAUGGACAAGCAAACUAACCAAUCAGAGGCUCCGCUCUGCAGCGCUGCGCUGAGACGCCCGCCCACACUGUGUACCAUCCGUCUCUCAUCAGCCUUCAGUUCUUCAGUAUCACUUUCCCAGCAUUCACAUCUUCUCCUUCUUCUUUUUCUUCUUCUUCCUCCUGUUCUUCUUCUUCUUCUUCUUCUUCUUCUCCUCCUUCUUCUGUCUCUGUCAUGACUCUUCUGGUUUUCUCAUAGCUUUGGUUCUGUUCUCUCAAACAUCUACUGACAUAGUGUUAUUUUCCAUACCGUCUUCUGUAGUCUUCCCCUUCCUUCGUUUCCUCUUCUUCCUCAUCAUGUCUUAUCUCCUGUCCUCUCUCCAGACCCUGCACUCUCAUGAUUUCCCUCUCUCUAUCUCACCAUCCCGUCUUUCCCCAACCUCCCUUCCCCCUUUCACUGUUUAUAAAGCUGUGGUUUUUCAUCAGGUGCUAUCGGACACCACAUUUGAAAAAAAAAAAAAAAAAAAAGAACAAAAAAGACAAUGGCUUUUUCAUAUAAUAUUUCAUAAAGCAUUCAGAAAAUAGCCAUGGAAUAAAAACAGUUAGUAACUCUAACCAAUCAUGAUUUUAGUGAUGCACACAUCACCAACAUAAAUCUAUGACUGAAGAAAACUCAUUUGCAUUGCAUGCCUUGCAUGGGAAACUGAGAAAACAAAUGUAAGUCUAAUGAAAUCAUGUAAGGAAAAUAUUUUCUUUUACAUUUAACAUCCAGAGCUUCUUUACAAAUCUAAUGCAGAUACAGUAUGUUAUCAUUCGAGAUGAUAUAAAUGACAUGUAGCAAUCAGGACAUUUUCUUUGCUGACAUUUUUUGCCUUUCCCCAAACCGUGAGCUUGUGUGCGUUUGAGCACACGCCAUAUUUCUAAUAGUAGCAGUGGUCAGUUUGACCAUCCAGUUUUUCUUCUUGAAAAAGCCUAAAAUGCAAAUAGUGAAAUAAUGCACUUUAACUUUGAUAACCAUCAUUUUGACUUUUAUUAAAAGAGCAGACUUAUUCCACUUCACACCAAUCCAGCUAAGGAGAUUACAAUACAUUUUUGAGUUCAGCAUUUAUUUUUCAUAAAUUCGGUUUCAUACCGUGGUAUUUGGAGUAAUAUUUGUUGUUCUCUGUAGCAAAUCGAAUAUAAAAACGUAUUAUGUAAGAAUAUGUGCACUUCGCAGAAAAAACCUAAAUAUGUAUGUACUUUUGGAGUUAUUUGGGGAAAGGUAAAUGCAUGCACUUUUAUGCAAAAUAAUAAGUACCCUAUGCGAAUGACACUGUAAAUAAAAACAUUGCAUGAAAUAAAUUUUGUAUUGAAUCCA